UUGUUUCUGACAGAGAAUUGGAUUCCGUUCUGCAUAUAAAUCCAUUAUCGUCUUCUUCCACUUUUCUGAUUCCACGCCACAAAUAAUCAGAAAUUCUACAGAAUUUAAGAGAACAAGAAAGGGAGAAAGGGAGAGAGAGAGAGAAAAAAAACAGGGAUGAAGAAGCUCUACAACGGAAAAGGAAAGAAGAUUCACCCUUCACCUCCACCUCCUUCCCCAUUCGACCUCCUCGCCGCCCUCCCAGCCGCUAUCCUUGCCGUAGCAGCGGCCCUCUCUCCGGAAGAGAAAGAAGUGCUCGCCUACCUUCUUUCCGGAGGCGCAAUCGCCGGACAGGACAGAGUCGCCGGAAAGAAGAAUACACGCCAGCACCCACCGGAACUCGGCUGCGGUUGCUUCGGCUGUUACAAGAGCUUUUGGGCUCGCUGGGACGCAUCCCCUAACCGCCAUCUCAUACACCAAAUCCUCGACGCCGUUGAGGAAUCCGGUGAGCCCCUAUCACGUCCCUCCGGCCGCCGCCGCCGCCGCUUCAACCGCCAUAAAGAGGAAAGUUUCCCUGCUGCGGAGGAGAUGAGCCGUCCUGCUGAGGGAGAUGGGAAAGACGCGGGAUUUAAGGAGGCGGAGACGGAGGCGGAGGAGGAGGAGGAGGAUUAUAUAGAUAUAGAGGAGGAGAAUGAUAACGAAGCUGUGGCCGCCGGCGUUCAUUCUUCUAGCACGGUU